GCGGCGCGUCCCGCUCCAGUCCCGCCGCGCGCCUCCCGCGGGGCCGCCCGAGGUGCACCGACCCGUGCACGGGUGCCGGGCCCCAGCGGCUGCGGCGCUCCCGCGGCUUUCGGUCGGGGAGAACUUUGUCCCGGGCCGGCGAGGAGCGGUGGGGCAGGGCCAGGAGGAGGACGAUGCUGCUGGUGAUGAUGAUGGUGCCGCCGCGAUGUGCCGCGCUCGGCGAGCUCUGGUGAGACGCGCAGCUCCCCGAUGCGCGCCCGCCCAGAGGAGGCUGCACUGGUGCCGUUGCAGGAAGGAGCUUCCCAUCUGAACUAGCCCCGAUACGGACGCUUUUGUGUUUAUUUUUUUUGUUUCGUCUUUCUUUCAGUUCUCCCCCGACGGGGCGGGCGGAUUGGCUGGUUAGUCCAGCGGGCGUUUGCGUUCUGUGGUUUUUUUCGUUUCUCUUUUGUCCGAGGGACCUCUCUGCAACUAACGGAGGAGUCUCGGCUGCGUGUGUGGCUCCCUCUCCCUGCCCCCUGCGUGUCGUGCAUGUGCUACUGGAGCGGCUCCGGUCGGGGCCGGCUGCGCAAAGGUCCCCCCCCCCCGCCGCCUCCCGCCUUCCUCCCUUGUUCGUCGCUCUGUGUCUUGCUGAUGACCUGGCCCCUCCACCGACGCCCGGGAGCAGCGCGGCCGCCUGCGGAGGCUUUCUCUCGCCCCCACGCCUUGCGACGGUCCCGCCGCUGACACCGCGUCCUCUGGCUGGAUUUCCCCCGCCUUGGUGAGGGGCAGGAGUGGGGAGUGGAGUUGCCUCCGCCCGGGCUUUCCAGCCUUACAGCUACAUCUGCAACCCGAGAGCCCGGGAAGCGGAGCGGACCGUUCAGCCGGGCGGCGGUGGUUCCCCCUCGACUCGCCGGGUCCUGUCCCGUCCCGCCGCACGCAGCCACUGCGGACCGGCGGUGACCGUCUCCAGCGGGGCCCACCCGCCUCUCCCGGGCCCCUCAACCCUCCGCAGAACAACAGCAACAGAAGACGCCGCGCCCGAAGCAUGUCCCCGCGGCGAGGGCACUGAACGGCGCGGCAGCGGAGGGAAGGCGGCCGGCGGGCGUCGCUACUCCUGCCGCCUCGGCGCCCCGGGCGUGAAGCCGGGGCAGGGCCGGGGGCGCGCCGCCAGAGCCGCACUGCGAGGGAGCCCCGCCGUGCCCGGAGCCAUGUUCCCCCAGAGCCGGCACCCCACUCCGCACCAGGCUGCGGGCCAGCCUUUCAAAUUCACCAUUCCGGAGUCGCUGGACCGCAUCAAGGAGGAGUUCCAGUUCCUCCAGGCGCAGUACCACAGCCUUAAAUUGGAAUGUGAGAAACUGGCAAGCGAAAAGACAGAAAUGCAGAGGCACUAUGUGAUGUAUUAUGAAAUGUCGUAUGGAUUAAACAUUGAAAUGCACAAACAGACAGAAAUCGCCAAGAGAUUGAAUACAAUUUGUGCACAAGUCAUCCCAUUUUUGUCUCAGGAACAUCAGCAACAAGUGGCCCAAGCUGUAGAACGUGCCAAACAAGUGACCAUGGCUGAGCUGAAUGCCAUCAUCGGGGUACGUGGCCUUCCAGGUCUACCUCCUACACAGCAGCAGUUGCAGGCUCAACAUCUCUCCCAUGGCCAUGGACCUCCAGUGCCUCUAACACCGCAUCCAUCAGGACUCCAGCCUCCAGGAAUCCCUCCACUCGGAAGCAGUGCUGGCCUUCUUGCCCUUUCUAGUGCUUUGGGUGGGCAGUCUCACUUGGCAAUAAAAGAUGACAAGAAGCAUCAUGAUGCAGACCACCACAGAGACAGAGAGCCGGGCACAAGUAAUUCUCUUUUGGUCCCGGACAGUCUGCGGAGCACAGAUAAACGCAGGAAUGGCCCUGAAUAUGCCAAUGACAUCAAAAAGAGAAAGGUGGAUGAUAAGGAUUCCAGCCACUAUGACAGUGAUGGGGACAAGAGUGACGAUAACUUGGUUGUAGAUGUGUCCAAUGAGGAUCCUUCUUCCCCAAGGGCAAGUCCGACUCAUUCACCACGUGAAAACGGUAUAGAUAAAACCCGCCUGCUAAAGAAAGAUGCCUCUAGCAGUCCAGCAUCUACGGCCUCUUCAGGAAGUUCCACUUCCCUCAAAUCCAAAGAAAUGAGCCUGCAUGAAAAAGCCAGCACGCCUGUUCUGAAAUCCAGCACACCGACUCCUCGAAGUGAUGUGCCAACUCCAGGCACUAGUGCAACUCCAGGACUUCGUCCAGGCCUUAGCAAGCCUCCAGCAAUGGACCCUCUGGUUAACCAAGCUGCUGCAGGUUUGCGAACACCAUUGGCAGUACCAGGACCGUACCCUGCUCCAUUUGGAAUGGUACCUCAUGCUGGCAUGAAUGGAGAAUUAACCAGUCCAGGGGCAGCCUAUGCCAGUUUGCACAAUAUGUCACCCCAGAUGAGUGCUGCGGCUGCUGCAGCUGCUGUGGUUGCCUAUGGAAGAUCUCCUAUGGUUGGGUUUGAUCCUCCUCCUCACAUGAGAGUACCUGGAAUUCCUCCAAAUCUAGCAGGGAUUCCUGGGGGAAAACCAGCCUACUCCUUUCACGUUACUGCGGAUGGUCAGAUGCAGCCGGUUCCUUUCCCUCCUGAUGCCCUCAUUGGUCCAGGAAUCCCUCGCCAUGCCCGUCAGAUCAACACUCUGAACCACGGGGAAGUUGUGUGUGCAGUUACCAUCAGCAACCCCACGAGACACGUGUAUACAGGUGGGAAAGGGUGCGUCAAAGUCUGGGACAUCAGCCAGCCUGGCAACAAGAGCCCUGUCUCCCAGCUGGACUGCCUGAACAGAGAUAACUACAUCCGCUCUUGUAAAUUGCUGCCUGAUGGAUGCACCCUAAUAGUUGGUGGAGAAGCCAGCACAUUAUCCAUAUGGGACCUGGCAGCACCAACUCCUCGUAUAAAAGCAGAGCUGACAUCCUCAGCCCCUGCCUGCUACGCUCUGGCUAUCAGCCCUGAUUCCAAGGUGUGCUUCUCAUGCUGCAGUGACGGCAAUAUCGCAGUGUGGGAUCUGCACAAUCAGACGUUGGUCAGGCAAUUCCAGGGCCACACAGAUGGAGCCAGCUGUAUUGACAUUUCUAAUGAUGGUACCAAGCUCUGGACAGGAGGUUUGGAUAAUACCGUCAGAUCCUGGGACUUGAGAGAAGGGAGACAGCUACAACAGCAUGACUUCACAUCACAGAUAUUUUCCCUUGGUUAUUGUCCUACUGGUGAAUGGCUAGCUGUGGGAAUGGAGAGCAGCAAUGUAGAAGUGCUACAUGUAAAUAAGCCAGACAAAUAUCAACUGCACCUUCAUGAGAGUUGUGUAUUGUCACUCAAGUUUGCUUACUGUGGUAAAUGGUUUGUCAGUACUGGGAAAGAUAACCUUCUUAAUGCAUGGAGAACACCUUAUGGAGCCAGUAUCUUUCAGUCCAAAGAAUCUUCGUCAGUGCUUAGCUGUGACAUCUCUGUGGAUGAUAAGUACAUAGUCACUGGCUCUGGAGACAAAAAGGCUACAGUCUAUGAAGUUAUCUACUGAAAAAUGUGAUGGGGAUAUAACUUUUAGAAGUUGAACUGGGCCAAAAUUGUUCUUAAUUGUAGAAGUAGAAAGGUUUUGCCUUUUAAAAAGGAACAAAAGUAUUGAGGUUCCAGACCUUGCCAUGAACCUACUCCGAUUUUUCAAAAUAGAAGGCAACAUCCAGCAACUAAAUAUUGGCUACGUGGACCAAAUGGAACACAGAGGCAAGAUGGACAGAUGUAGCCUAGGUUUUUGACAUAGUUUUUAAAAGCCGAGUCUACUGAAGAAUGGUGGAGCCUUUUAUUUUUUUUCUUUCUUUGUGACCUCAUGCAAGUUGUUCUCAUUGCCUGAUUAUGGGGGAUAAAUACUUUUCUGUUCCUUGCAGUUCAAGUUGCAUUCUGUCCUGUGUAGAGCAGUGGUGUCUCAGAUGAACUUGUUUCCUUUUUUUGCAUCUUGUGAUAUGUUUUUGUAUUUUUGUUGAAGGUCAAGCAUUUGUAUAAAUUGUAAAUAUCUUUAGUUUAUUACAGUAAAGGCUUUAGUACCAACAACCAGUCUUCCCCCACCCCCGUCCUCUCCCUGCCUACCCUGCUUAUUUAAAAUUUAAAACCUUUUGGGGAUAUAAAUACCUUUUUAGAAGCAAAAGCAAACACUAUGUAUAGUUUGAAAAUGGUGUCUUAUUCUUUAUAACUCUUCCUAGAUUCCUUUAUCAUACUUCAAAGUAGUUGUUUUGACAUAUUAGGGUGUCAAGUCCAGUAGAAUACUGUCUUGUGCUACAGAAAACUUAAAAGGCAAUUUUGUACUAAUUAUAGUGUAAAUAUAAAAAUUGAACAUUUCAUAAAGUUGUGCAGUUUAAGUUUAUUCUGAUGUCCCAUGGAUAUGUUCUUUGGCAGAUACGCUAAUAUGUGCCUGAUCAUAGUUCAUUUGGUCAUUUCUUUAGAAGAGGAGACGACUUACCUUUCUCCCUCAGCUGAACAGGAUUCAUAUGAGAGCCACGUUUCAACUAAGUACAUCAGAGCCUUUAUUCAUUAACUGAGGAUGUCUGUGAUUAAACAAAGCUAGAUAAGUUGCAUCCUUCAUAUUUUACAGAGAAGUGGUAGUUAAGGACCAUUUCUUUUUUAAUGUCUUGUCUAUGCUUAAAUAUUCAGGUAAAUUUAAUCAAAUUACCAAAAGUGUGAAUUUUACAGGGGAUCACUUAAAACAAUGUUAAAUACUUGCAGGGCUGCAAGUGAAGUGGAUUAACCUAAACUAAGUUAAACUCACUUCUUAAUUUCUUGUGAGAAUAUUGACAAAAGAAUAUUUUGAUUUUUAACUAAUCCACUGCACAUAUUAAUUAGAAUUAAUUUUCCUGAGUGUCCCAUGUUAUGCAGGCGUACAGGCUCUAUGUAUUUGUACUGAACAAUCUUUAAGUCCUUUCCACUGUUCAGUGUAACAUUGGUGAAGAGCCAUGCUAAGCAGCCAGUUACCAAAGCUAUGCAUCUUCAAGUUUUUGUGGUGUACUUGAGAAAUUAAUGAGGAGAGAAUGUGUACAUUUUAUUCUAACUGUGUUUUUUCAGAUUAAUGAGUUCUACCACUGUGUGCCAGACAAACCUAACUAUUGCAUCAGUGAGGUCCAUACAUUUCUUACAUUCUGUAAUUUGAUUAGAAUUUCUGUUGCUAAAUGAGAGUACAGAUGAACAGAAGGAUAUCUUUGAACAAAUAAUUCAGAUUACACAAACUGGCAGACAAGUUAAGACUUGUCUGUGAAGAGCUGCUUUCUCAUUUUGCUAGAAUUUGACAAUGACCUAUAUCCCUGCUCUUUAAAUACAUGUAACUAGGAAGAAACAAGUUUGACUGGCAGAUGCAUUGACUGGAUAGGAAAUUUCUCAUCUGGGUGCAAAUUUUCUAUUUCCUGUCUGAAGAGACAUCAGUUUUCUUCUUUAUUUUCAUGACCAUUCUACUGAAACGAGUUUUAUAACAUCUAGAGUUGUAAUAGCCUUAAUACAUUAACCUUGCAUUUGGAAUGUAAAAUGUUAACCAUUCAGGAUAAUCUGGUCUCCUAGACAUUUAAAAUUACUGUUCUAUCCGUAUAUAUCUGUAUCUUUGUCUAUUGCUGUGUUGUGAAUAUGAAAUCUGUAUGAAAAUGACAGACCAGCUUAGGUGGUGGUCAUGUUUCUUUCACACAUACUGAGACAAAAAGCGGAAUCAUAAGGCUUUUCAAAGAAAUAAUUGUAUUUGCUACAUUGAAAUACAGUGAAGUGCUAUUCCGUUUUAAAAAGAGAAAGUUUAAAAAGAGAGUAUGUGCUAGAUUACUUGAUUUUUACACUGACCAUGUUUUCAUAUUGAAGUUUUUCUGAAUGUCUGACUCCGACAGUGAUCAUUGACUUUGUUUAGCAGCACUGGACAAUUUGGAACACUUAGAUUUCUGCCAAACUGCUAUCACCUUGGCUUUUACUUCAUAGGUGUUCUUUUGCCUUGCUUAAAAGUUGGUAUCACAGGAACCAAGAACGCAAGUAUUCUAACACAUUUGUGUAACCUUUAAAAAAAAUACUCACAUGUAUAUAAUGGUUAUGCUGUAAGUUGCAACAUAGUGGUUGUUAGGAAGGCCACAUUCUUUGCAAUCAGGAGGUUGUAAAUCAUAGUGUCAGGAAAAUAAUGAAAUACCUUGUCUUUUCUUCUUAGCUUCCGGAAUGCACAGUGAGUCAGAGGAGUUACGGAAUUGGACAUUAUUUGUGUGAAUGAAUUUAAUCAUAUUUGUACCAUAUAUUUCUUCUUUGUAAUUAAGAAAUUCUUUUUUUCCCCAAUCAGAUGUGCUUUAAGCUUUGGGUCUGCAAACUUGGGGAUGCAGCCUACAAUAGUCCUCUCCAUAUGUUGUUUCAGGUUUCAUUUGUAAUUUAUGAUAUUUUUUUCUUUCAUGUGUCAAACAGUAAAGCCUAUUCCACCAGCAGAUGUAAUUUUUAAUGAAAAGAUACAUUUGGUGAAAUUUUGGCAUGUCGGUCUGUGCUAUUACAUACAAGACUUAAAACUAGUAGAGCUUAAAAAUUCCAUAAGUUCUUGUAACCCUGUGUAAAGUAGUGGGUGAAAAUAAUUGCAUAUUGAAUGAAGAAGCAGACCAACCCAGACCAGCAUUAACAGAAAAGGCACUGGGAAAAGCACAUGGAAAAAAGAGGUACAGCAGUAACUGUGGUGCAGGUAAUUAAUUUGUGUGUGUGUAUGUAUGUGUGUGUGUGUGUGUGAAUUUAAUUACAAUCCUGAAAGAUUCCUUUGAUUAGCCACUUCCUGGGACAGUAUUUGUUUGCUGGGUGACCCUCAGUAUUCAGAGAUACUUGAAUGCAGGUCUGGCAAACACUAGUGCCAGCUAGAAGCAGGGAGUCCUUACAAGUGGCGUACUGGAUGUCAGUGCAAACAAUAACUGAUGAAGAGGAGAUUUGUGGUAAUACUGAUUCAGCUGAACAAAAUCCUUUGCCAGCAAUAAUAUAUAUAUUUUGUUUAUGUGCACCGGUCAUAACCUUUUAUAAAUCAGUUUUUCAGAAAAUCAUGAUACUAUUCCACACAAUGCAUUUGUCUGUGUCAGAGUACCUCUUUGAUUAUAGUUCCAAGCAAAGAUAGUUCCCCACAUCAACCCGCAAACCUUGAGAGAGAAUUUUUAUCCGUAUUAAUUCUUUCAAAGUUGUUUGGCAUUUCAAAAGCUUUUGUUCCUUUAAAGGGAAGAGGGAGCACCAAGCAAAUAUGAAGUGUAUAGACUGUUAGUGUUAUUUUUUAAUAUAAACAUCAAAAUAGAAUCUACCGUCUGGUCACAUGCAUACUUUUGUGUAUAAACAAUUGACCAUAAUUUUUCUGUCACAUUUUUCCAUUGGUAAUGCAGGUCGAAUUUUCAGAAGUGUCUAAGUUGCUCAAGUAACUUAAACCGAGAUUGACAAACUGUUUUCUUUUUAGUGGCCUUUUGUUUGGUUGGUUAGUUGGUUUUGGUUUAGGGUUUUUUUUGUGGAAAGGCUGCUGCAUUUGUGAGCCUGCGGGAUCAUGUAAUCUAGUUAGAGUAGUCCUUCAUAUUUCUAUUGUACUGGUGCAAUUUUGAGUUGAUGGGGAACUUCAACCAUUCUAGCAACUAAGAUGGGUGGAAUUUAAUGUUUUCAGGCUAAGGAAGAGUACUGAAUUCAGAUUUAACACUACUGAUAAAUUGUUUAGCCCUUAAGCCACUUCACUGGAGAAGCUGUGCUGGCUGCAACUGUGUCUGUCACUUCAGAGGAUUUAGCUUUGGUUUUUUUUUUUCUUUCUUACCACAAGCGUAUAGAAAAAAUGUGAGAAUGUAGGUGUAUGCAAGACUUGACUUAUGAUGUCCUGCCAGAGAGAGGUCUUUUACUACAGAAUGGGAAAGAUGAAGCAGCUCAGAGUAGGAUCCAGUGAACACCAAAGAAAGGGUUCAUGGCAUGGAAUACAUGUGGGGACAAGGGAGGAUGGGAACAUACACACGCAUACAUUUUAGGUUUCAUCUAAUAUUUAAACUGCAAAAUUCACCUAGAAUGAGAUUCCAGUAUGAUGACACAUUUCACUGACCUGUUUCUCCAUAAAGUUGUUCAGAUGUUUCUGCAUAGUAAUUCAGGGACACCUGAGAUGUGUAUUGGAACUGGAAGCGGGCAUUUGUUUGAUGUCCAUAAGCAGUCAUCUAAUCCCAAGAGGAAAGAGAGUUAAAUCACAGCCAGUUUUCAGUAUUUCCCAUUACCUAGUAUUUUUGUAGCUCAAGCUACAAAAAUUUCCAGCAAUUGAUAAUCCCAUUUUCAGCAACAUGCUCCCAGAUGUCCGAUUGCAGUUUAAGUGCUUAGUGCAGCAUGGUAGAUUUUGCCAGGGGAAACCAGAUGUGUAGAAACUGGGUGCUUUAAAAAUUUGGCCUGUGAGACUACUUUACUGACAUUUCUGGGAAGUUUACUCAGAAUUUCUCUUCAACUGUAUAGGAGAGCUUGCUCACUCAGCAUUUUCUAAACCAGCAAAACCUGUGCUUUGAACACAUUUUAAGCACAUGGGUGUGGUUUGCUUUGGGUUUUUUCCUUUAUUUUUUUGGGGGGGGGGGUGUGUGUGUGUAGAUUUAUUUAAUUUUUUUGUUUGUACGUAACGUAAAAACAUCUAUGAAUUGAAUACACCAAGAAAACACGAAGGGAAAGGGAAUGAAUGAAUGAUUGCCUUCAGCGGGCAGAAUGCUCUUAAACAUGCUGUAUAUCAAAAUAUCCUAUUGCUUCUACAAUAUAUUAAUUCUUGAGAGCAGUGGAUUUGUGUUUCCUUGGAGCUAAAGUGCUGUUCUCGGAAAACUGAAAAGCAAGAAAUUGGUGGUGUGGGGCCCAAUGUUAGUGAUUAUUUUCAAAUCUAAGCAACGUUUUGGGUUUGGGAUUUUUUGGAGGGUUUUUGGUUGGGGUUUUUUUCACAUUGCUUAUUGCUAGGUCCCACAGUUCAAUCAAAGCUGAAUGACAGGCUAUGCCCUUUCUGGCUCAUGCAUUAGUAAGAAUUUAGCGAAGAAUUGCUAACAAGUCUGUUGGUGACUGAAUCUUUUAGUGAAUAGCUGCAUAGAUAUCAGCCAGACUCUGUUGUAAUAAUUUUCCUUACUAAAGCAAACACCCAAAUAUAAGAUAGCAUCAUUGUUCCAUACUCAUACUUCAAUUGUAUUGAAUUGCGGUCAGUGUAGUUGACUCUCCGUAGAAAAGUUCUGUGGUGGUAGAAAAAUUCUUCUGAGGUAAAACUUAAAUUUUGAGGUGUUUCCUCCUAAAAUUGUUAUGUUGAUUCAUAGAAGAAAUGCUGCAAAGCGCACUAAACAGGUGCUUUUGCAUAGAGCUUGGCAAGGAUUGCUUUUGCUAUGUUCACAGUACAAAGGUAUAGUACCUUUUGAACUUCAUUUCUGUUUUUUGCCAAGAAUGAAUUAGAGGUCAAGAUAACACAUAGUUUGGAGAUUAAAUAAUCAAACAUACUGUUAUCAUUAUCCCUUUUAUAUACUCCGGCAUUAGCAUAGAAAAUUGAGAUGAUGGCUUGUAACUGCAAAUGAUAAAUGCUGGUUUUCCUUCAAGGACUGAUUUUAAUGGCAGCUUAAAAAAGUUAACAAGCAGAAAGAAGGGGCCAUAAAUGAAAGUUAAUCCAUAAUGUUGGGAAACUUAGAAAUCACUUGUUAAUUUCCUGGUAGUGAGCCUAAUUUGUUCAAAAUAAAAUCCAUCUGUUUCA